AUGUGCUUUCAAGGUACAAGAUCAGAACAUUAUGAUACAGAGUUGGGGAAGAUAGCAUUUUACAACGUCAACCUGGAUCAGUCAUUGUAUCUAGUCUUUGAUAGUGUAAGUUAUAAAUGUUUUUAUUGUUUGUGGGACUUUUUAGUUAUUUACACUAUAGAGCGCAUAUAAAACUUCCUCUAUAGUACACCUUGUUUUAGAACAAACAAGUACAAAAUACUUACGUUUGUUAUACAGAAGAUCUACAGUAAGAUUAUGAUUAAAACUUAUUUCAGAAUAAUCCAGAGCUGAUAUACCCAAUCACAUGUAACACUAUUUUCUUCUUCAUGUGUUUAACUGUCAUUAUUUAUUAUAACUACAAGGCCAAUAUGAAAAUGGCUGGGCUAAAGCAUCAUCUGACCACAGAGACGAGAAAUAUGCAUACUAAAAUGCAAACAUUCUUUAUUUUACAGGUACAAGCUUGUCAUUAGUUUUUUUAUAAAAGUUUAAAUUUAACUCAAAAUUAUAAUACUGACGUUUUUACAUAAUAUGUAAAUAUUAAAUAUCGUUCAACUUUCGAAAUAUUAUGCAAAAAUACCCUUUUUUUACUUAAAAACCUAUAAAUGCCACUUUAGAUUGUAUACCAAGCCCUGAGCCUGUUCCUACCCAUUAUAAUAUUGGGCUUUCUUUCUUCCUUCGAAUUCGCAGGUCAAACUGAAGUGUUCAGUACAUAUUCGUCGAUCAGUUUGAGAGCCAUCUCCGUAUGUCAUCCCCUUACCAUCAUAUUUUGCAUAUUAACUAACAAAACGACAUUGGCUAGGAUAUUCAACAUUAGAUCGGCUAAACGCAUGAUUCCUAUCACUACUAUGACAUAA